UAUAUCAAUUAUCAUCUAGUACUUCCAAAAACCCCUCUAAAACUGUUGUUCUUUCAACUACUCUUGCCUUUCUCCAUUUUCACAAAAGAAUUCCAUGGCUACACCAUUGAUUCCUCUUGUUUUGUCUUUGGGUUUACUUUGCUUUCCUUCAUUUUCAUCCUCUGAUAGUCUGCGGGCAGGCUCAUCACUCUCAGUGGAGACACCAGCUGAUGUUUUGACAUCACCUGAUGCAAGUUUCAGUGCUGGUUUCCAUCCUGUAGGCCAAAACGCUUAUUCCUUUGCCAUAUGGUUCAAUAAACCAACCUGUGAUGCCAACAGUUGCACCAUUGUUUGGAUGGCAAAUAGGGAUCAACCAGUCAAUGGUAGAUUCUCAAAGCUUUAUCUGCUAAAAUCAGGUAACCUUGUUUUAAAAGAUGCUGGUCAUAUCAUUGUAUGGGAAACAAAAACUAUGUCACCUAUACCUUCAUACUUGAAGCUUGAAAAUGGUGGCAACCUUAUCUUGUGUGAUAUGGAAGGUCGUAUAUUAUGGCAAAGCUAUGAUUCACCCACGGAUACUCUUCUUCCUUCUCAACAAUUCAAUGAGAAUUCAAAGCUUGUUUCAAUGAGAAGCCAAAGAAAUUACUCUUCGGGUUAUUAUCAGCUUUAUUUCGACACAGAUAAUGUGCUUUGCCUUGUCUACAAAGGUCCAGAGUUUUCAAGUGUUUAUUGGCCAAGUCCAUGGCUAUUGAGAUGGGAAGCUGGAAGAUCCACAUUCAAUAACACCAAAAUAGCUGUUUUAGACUCUUGGGGUAAUUUUAGUUCAACUGAUAAUUUCACUUUCUUGUCAGCUGAUUAUGGUUUAAACAUCUCAAGGAUGUUGAAAAUGGAUUUGGAUGGUAAUCUUAGGUUAUAUAGUCUAAGUGAAGAUACAAAAGCUUGGGUUGUUUCAUGGCAAGCCUUUCUUCAACCAUGUAUGGUUCAUGGAUGUUGUGGACCAAACAGUAUAUGUAUUUAUUCUCCUAGUUUUGGAAGGGACUGUAGUUGUAGUCCAGGGUAUAAGUUGAAGAAUCUUAGUGAUUGGUCUCUUGGUUGUGAGCCAGAGUUUCAUCUUCCUUGUAACCAAACUGAUGAUCAGUUUGGUUUCUUAAAGCUCCGUCAUGUUGAAUUCUAUGGCUAUGAUUUCAAGUUGUAUACUAAUGUCACCUUGGAAGGUUGCAAGCAAAUUUGUUUGCAGUUGUGUGAUUGUAAAGGGUUUCAAUUCAGGUUUAUUAAAGCACAUGAAUCGGAUGGUACAUAUUGUUAUCCCAAGACACAGUUGUUGAAUGGACAUCGACCACCUAAUUUUAAUGCUGAUUUCUAUGUGAAAUUGCCUAAAGCUAUUGUCUCUUCUUACAUUGAUACUGUUGAAUAUCCUGAGUUACAAUGUUCUAAUGAAGUGCAGGAGCUUGAACGAAAAUAUACCAAACGGAGUGAAAGAGAGUCAUUGAGAUUUGCUCUUUGGACAGCUUGUGCUAUAGGGGGAGUUGAGUUUAUUACCAUUUUGUUCGUAUGGAAUUUCUUCAUUAGAACCAAUGAUAAUUCAAGCCCCAAUGCAGGUUACCAUUUGGCUACAACUGGCUUCAGAAAAUUCACCUAUGGAGAGCUUAAAAAGGCUACUAAUAAGUUCUCACAAGAGAUUGGAAGAGGUGCAGGUGGAAUAGUGUUCAAAGCAACGUUGUCCGACGGUCGAAUCGCGGCGAUCAAACGACUCAUGGAUGCUAACAAAGGAGAAGCCGAAUUCUUAGCAGAAGUAAACACCAUUGGGAAGCUUAACCACAUGAACUUGAUAGAGAUGUGGGGCUAUUGUGCUGAGGGAAAACAUAGGCUCUUAGUGUACGAGUACAUGGAACAUGGAUCUUUAGCGGAAACCCUUUCUUUUAAAUCACUUGAUUGGAGCAAAAGAUUCGAUAUUGCUUUGGGAACUGCAAGAGGCUUAGCUUAUUUACAUGAAGAAUGCUUGGAAUGGGUUCUCCAUUGUGAUAUAAAGCCUCAAAACAUUCUCAUAGACUCUAAAUACCAACCCAAGGUGUCGGAUUUUGGCUUGUCUUGGUUGCUAAAUAGAGGCGACGUUAAACAUUCGCAAGUUUCGAGGAUUCGAGGAACUAGAGGUUAUAUGGCACCUGAAUGGGUCUUUAAUCUUCCCAUUACUUCCAAAGUUGAUGUCUAUAGCUAUGGGAUCGUUUUAUUGGAGUUAGUGACAGGGAAAAGCCCUGCAAUGGGAUCCAAAAUGAGUGAUGAUGAAAAUUCGAAAGGGCAAAGAACGUUAGUAGGAUGGGUGAGAGAGCAAAUGGGAAGAGCCAAAGAGAAUGAAACAUGGAAGCAUGAGAUAAUAGACCCCAAGCUUGAAGGUAUAUAUGAUGAGGCUGAGAUGGUAAUUAUGGUUAAUGUAGCACUUCGUUGUGUUGAGGAAGAUAAAGAUGAAAGACCCACAAUGGGGGAAGUGGUCGAAAUGCUGUUUCGACAUGGAAGCCAUUGAACCACAAAUUAUGAUCAUCUCCGUUAGAUAUGGGAACUAUCAUCAACUUAUGUUAAGACCUUCUUCUACAUUGUUGUACCCCUUUAGGGAUUAAUGUAAAUUUUUGUAAACUAUGUUUGUGUCUCAAGACUCUAGGUUUCCCCAAAUUUGAAUGCCUGUAACAAAUAGUUUGUUUAAUAAGGAUGUGAGAUAUUUCAUGAUCA